GAAGGGUAUGUGGGUAAAUGCAUGCUUCCAUGUGCUAGGAACUUGGAAUCUAAGGGGCUAGAUUGUAUACGAUCACGGUCUUCAAUUCUAGCCUUUCAUCGAUAACCACCUCACAUCAUCACGAUCUUACCUUUAGUAUGUGCACCUAGAAUCAACUUUACCACAACCAACAACAUAACCUACGUCCACCUAAUCCCGCCCUUUCGUGCUUCUCCCCUUUUGUCUUUGGCUCUUUUGACAAUGACGCCAUUCAAACAUACCUUUAUCACAAUAAUAGCCCUGGUGGCUCAGCUUUUACCUUGCAUUCAAGCACAAGUUCAACCUACUACCACCUAUCAACCUCCUCCGAUCGCAUCAGGAAAUGUUUCGAGCAGUUCUUCUUCCAACAAAGUGAAUGCAAGAUGGAGUCAAUUAUUGGGAAAUGCGUUGUACUUUUACGAUAUCCAGCGAUCGGGUACGUUACCCAACAAUUUCCGUGUUGAUUGGAGAAACAAUAGCGUUCCAAAUGAUGGAAGUGAUGUCGGCUUAGAUCUUUCAGGUGGUUUUUUCGAUGCGGGAAAUUAUAUCAAAGCAACAUUUCCACUUUGUUGGGUUGUAACUCAAUUAAGUUGGGGUGGAAUGAUGUUCGGAAAAGGAUUUGAUGAUUCACAACAAACUGCUUAUCUAGAUUCAACAUUAAGGGUCGCUUUGGAUUGGUUAAUGACUGCUUCUUCUAAGCAAGAUGAAAUGGUCGUUUUGAUCGGAUCAGAUGACUUUUACUGGGGUGGCGAUCAAAAUAUACCAACAAACGAUCGUCCUUCUUAUACGAUCACUCGGGAGAAACCAGGAACUGAUGUAUUUGGUUCUUGUGCCAGUGCAUUGACCAGUGCUUCAAUGUUGUAUGCAGGAACACCUUUGCCUAUCAGUACAACGCAAAAUGGUACAGUGGCUUCAUUGCAAGAUGCAAAUUAUUCCACAACUCUUCUUCAACGUGCUGAAACUUUGUUCGAUCUCGCCCAAUCAUCAACACCUCAACAAGUUUAUCAAAAAGCAACAAAAGGUGUUGCUUGGGCUUAUCCAAGUACGGAUUAUGCUGAUGAAUUGGUUCUCUCAUCUACUUUCUUGGCUCUCGCAACGGGUAAUCAAACAUAUGCGGAUUAUGCACAAAAGACAUAUGCAACCAAUCAAUUCCCUUUCCCAAACGGUGCCUUGAACUGGGAUCAACACACUUCUGCGACACCUGUCUUGCUCACCCAAUUGUCAAUCGCAAGGCCUUCCAUGGGUGUAAGCAUGAGUAAAUAUCAGACAGAUUCAGAAAAGUGGUUGGAUAAUAUCGUGAACAAAAACAUGCCUCAAACAUUCACAACGCCAGGUGGAUUAUUCUACUUUGACGGUGAUAGUGAUUCAGCAAGUUUGAAUCCAAGUUUGAAUGCAGCAUUUUUGAUGAUGGUUUAUCGUAGAAUGGCAAGCAGCACAACCAAAGAUCGUGGUUAUCGUUCAUUCGCAGAAAGUCAAAUUGAUUACGCUUUAGGCAAAAAUCCGAUGAAUACAGUUUAUGCUGUUGGAAUACAUAAUAACAGUGCUGAAAAUCCACAAUCAGCUUUAGCAUCUGGCGGUACGAACCCAAAAUUGAUCGAUACAGUUCCUGCACAAGAAGCUCACGUUUUGUAUUCCGGUAUCGUUGGAGGACCGGAUCAAAAUGAUAAUUAUUACGAUCAAAGAUCGAAUUGGGAACAAACAGAAGUUGCCCUUGAUAGUCAAUCUGCCAUGAUCGUUCUUGCAGCACAUCAAUUAACAACAAAUGCUUCUGAUCCAUUUUAUACCGGAAUGACCGAAGAAAGAGUCAUUUUGCCGUACGAUGCAGAUGGAGGAGGUGGCGGAGGUUUGAGCACUGGAGCACAGAUUGCAAUCGCAGUUGUGGUGAUUGUUGUCGUUCUUGGUCUCCUUGCAGGUUUGGCUUUCUGGCAACGGGAAAGAUUGCGAUCCCUUAUCCGUCGACGUCGAUUCGAGAAAUACGAAAAAUCUUAGAAAAAAAUGCAAAGGUUAUGGACAUUACUUUUAUCACAUAUUCUGCCAAUUUUUCAUUAUUCGUUUAUUGUACACUAUUGUCAUUGCGCUUGUAUAUAAUACAUCAUGCUGAAUUUCGGAAUUUUGUCAUCAUCAUAGGAUACUGUCGAGGAAAUCUUCAUCAACCUGUUCCUUCUUGUGUGUCUUUUCCCUCUGUGCAAUUUCGAGCUGC